AUGGCUACUCGCCGAGCUCUGCACUUCGUAUUCAAAGUGGGAAACCGCUUCCAGACGGCGCGUUUCUAUCGUGACGUCCUGGGGAUGGAGGUUCUGCGGCAUGAGGAAUUUGAAGAGGGCUGCAAAGCUGCCUGUAAUGGGCCUUAUGAUGGGAAAUGGAGUAAAACGAUGGUGGGAUUUGGACCUGAGGAUAAUCAUUUUGUUGCAGAACUGACUUACAAUUAUGGCAUCAAAAACUACCAGCUUGGCAACGACUUUAAGGGCAUCACCAUCGCUUCUAGCCAGGCUGUCAGCAAUGCCAAGAAGCUGAAGUGGCCGCUCACUGAAAUUGCAGAAGGUGUUUUUGAAACCGAGGCCCCAGGAGGAUAUAAAUUCUAUCUGCAGGAUCGAAGUCCACCUCAGCCAGAUCCUGUACUAAAAGUAACUCUAGCAGUGUCUGAUCUUCAGAAGUCCUUGAACUACUGGUCUAAUCUGCUGGGAAUGAAAAUUUAUGAAAAAGAUGAGGAGAAGCAAAGGGCUUUGCUUGGCUAUGCUGAUAACCAGUGUAAGCUGGAGCUACAGGGCAUCAAGGGUGCAGUUAAUCAUGCAGCAGCUUUUGGAAGAAUUGCCUUUUCUUGCCCUGAAAAAGAGCUGCCUGACUUAGAAGACUUGAUGAAAAGGGAGAAGCAGGAGAUUCUGACUCCCUUAGUGAGUCUGGAUACCCCUGGGAAAGCGACAGUACAAGUGGUCAUUCUGGCCGACCCUGUAAGUGUUCCUUAG